AUGCGUCAAACCGCCCGAAACGGUUUGCGAGCUGUUCGAACGCCGCGUUUAUGUGAAGCCACUCGAAGUGGAGUCGCACGAUAUCAUCUCCAAUCAACACCUCCGUCCAUCCAUCAAUCUGUCCAUUCGUCCACCCCUGCUAUUCCUCCGUCCACUUGGCCAUUUAUCCGCUUUCUCGUCUCAUCACAGCCUCUCAAUUCCUCUACUUUCACCCUCGUCUCUUUCCUCACCGGUUCACUCUUCCCAUCGCGACUUCUCCACUUCUCCUCCCCACACACACCCACC